AUGGCAGACACUGCCCCGGCCCAGACUGCCACGCCCGCGACCAACGCGCCAGCAGCACCAGCAACUGGCGCAACCGCGGGAACCACAAAUGCGCCCGCUGACCAAAAUGGCACGAGUCGCGGGCUACCAUACUACGAGAAAUUGCGCCGAGAGCUAAGAGACACGAUCGCGAACAAGCGCGCGAUGGACAGGUGCAUGGCCCAACUUGAAGACCAAAUUCACCGCUUCGAACAAUCCUACCUCGAAGAAACAACCGCCGGAAACAUCAUCAAAGGCUUCGACAACUACAUCAAGGGCUCAUCAAGCGGCUCCAGUCUGGGCGCCUCCGGACUGAGUCUAGGCUCUGGUGUCGGCGGACGCCGAAAAGCCGCAGUCACAGAUGCAGACCGGGUGUUCUCUAGAAGCUCUGCGAGCUAUAUGAUGGACUCUCCUGGCCCUUCGUCCGCACAGACAACACCCUCCCACGCCGCAACCCCGACCUCAACUACAGGCGGUAACAUUCCUCUAAAGAUUAACGGUGACGGCGGUGCGAAAAACACAGGUGGUUCGUCAAAGAACAAGAAAAAGUCAUCUGGUGGAUCGAAGAAUACAAAGGGCAAAAACCAGACAGAUGAGUUCUCCGAUGAUGGGGGUGAGAAACCGCCUGUCAAGAGGUUGAAAAUCAGCUACGGCAGAGAUUGA